GUCGAUAUGUCAGAUUUUCUAACCUCAAUAGUCGUCAACUGUUUACGAUUUUAUUAGUGCCAUAUAACCUAAAUUAAGUAAUUAAGGAAGCAGUCCAAUGGUUGACGCCGUUGACGGCACGUUAAAUAUUUCAAAGAAAAAAAACUGUAACGAUUAAUAUCUCGCUUCUCGCUUCGCGAGGUAGACCACCGCGUUUAUCUGCCAGAUUCUUUCAUUUCGUGUAAAAACGCGUCUAUUGAACAUAAUUUCAUCUAUAUAUUCGCGUUCAGGCCCGUAUUCUAAAUAAAUACCCAGUUUUUUGUGAGACAAAAAAUGAGCAAAGAAUUGUCAUCGAUCGAUUUAAAUGAAGCAAAGCAAAGUUUUGUUGAACUGAUGCGUUUGUUAAAUAAAACGGAUCAACGAAAAUUUUUGGCAUUUAUUAUGGAGGAAUGGAAACUCGAGCCGUCCAUAAUUUAUAAUGAUUCAGAAGAUGAUGCAUGUGGCAAUAAAAAAAUAACGGACGAGUCAGUACUUGUUUUAAAUUCUAUCGUUUCUGAUAUUAAACAGAAAAUCCCAUUUAAUGCUAUAUUGGAAUCUGAAAAUAUUACAACUCCCUUAAUAGGAGAGAAUUCAGAUUGUGAUCCCAACAUUACAGUGCAUGUAGAUGAGUUCCUUUAUAGUGAUGAAGAUAUUGACAAGUUUGUAGAUAAUAAUCAAUUACAAAGAUAUUAUUGCACUGACUGUAGAUCCAGAAGUAUACAACCGUUAAUUUAUUUAUCACACUCCAUGUCACAGGACGGAUUAUUCUUUAUAUUCAAGGUGCUACUGCCUACUUUGAAAAACAAAACUAUACUUGAUAUAGGAUCGAGAUUGGGCGCAGUUCUUUACGGGGCGUAUGUAUAUACGGACGCUAGAAGAAUUAUCGGUGUUGAAAUGAACGAGGAACUCUGUAACCUCCAAAAUGAAAUUCUGUGUAAAUACAAAAUGGACGACCGUAUAUCUAUUUUACACAAGAGGAUAGAAGAAGUUCCAGAGACGAUCAAACAAAGCGACGUUAUUGUCAUUAAUAACGCAUUUGAAUUUUAUUUGCCCAGAGAUGUACAGAUAGAUAUAUGGAAAUUUUUGAAAAAUGCUAUAAAACCAAAAACGCUGCUCAUCACUCGUCCAUCAGUCGAAGCGACUUUCAAAACUUUAUCAAUCGGAAUCUCGGUGGAAAAGUGGUUGAAACCUUUUAAAAAACCACAGUCUGAUAAAUUCUCUUUCUUACCUGACUACGAAGGUAAAUUCGCUGAAAUUUCGUGUUAUGAAGUUUUUUAAGAGAAUCAUAAUUAUAUAUAUAUAUAUAUAUAUAUAUAUAUAUAUAUCUUCAAAGAAAAUGCGGUCUUAUUGAGGAUAUUAGAUUAAAAUAUUUGUUUAUAUACAAAUUUGUGUUAUAUAUUACU